AUGAGGGAGACGAGAGAUGAGCGAGAGGAGAGAGAUGAGCGAGAGGAGAGAGAUGAGCGAGACGAGAGGGAUGAGCGAGAUGAGAGAGAUGAGCGAGACGAGAGAGAUGAGCGAGACGAGAGGGAUGAGCGAGAUGAGAGAGAUGAGCGAGACGAGAGGGAUGAGCAAGACGAGAGAGAUGAGCGAAAUGAGGGAGACGAGAGAUGA